AUGGCACAACUCAAAAUCAAGUCUUUGAAAUUCGAGCACCAUCCCACUGGACUAGGUGUCUCUUCUCCGACUCCUCGCAUCUCAUGGCGUGUGGAUUCAGAGCCUAUAGCGAAGAAUUGGCAGCAGACAUCAUACGCCAUCAAAAUCUCACGUGGCUCUGCGCCGGCUCAGGAAUUCCGCAUCGAGAGCGCUUCAACGAUACUGGUUCCAUGGCCCGACACUCCUUUAGCAUCGGGAGAAAGGGCCACAGUCGUCAUCAGAUCGCACGGAACCUCUGACAAUGCCCAAUUAGACUCUGGAUGGUCCCCGGAAGCAACCGUAGAAGCCGCUCUUCUUUCCCGGGACGACUGGAAAGCUUCGCCCAUCACCGCGCCCUCGCGGGCCACUUCACAUCCAGACGAGCGUGGAAUCCGGCCGGUCCGAUUCCGCAAAGUCUUUGACUGCCCCGAUGUGAAAGGCGGUGGUAAUACCAAACUCUACAUCACUGCACUAGGCUUAUACGAAGCGUACCUAAACGGCCACCGCAUUGGGGAUGAGUGGCUCGCUCCCGGCUGGACUGCUUACCAACAUCGCAUCCAGUACCAGGUCUUCGAUGUAGCGUAUCUCUUAAAGCCUGGUCAACGGAACGUUCUCACAGUGGAAGUCAGCGAAGGGUGGUAUGCGGGCCGAAUUCUCUGGGGUGAGGGCCUGACCUGCUUCUACGGCGACCGCAUCGGCGUACUAGCUCAACUCGAGAUCCGCGACGACGAUACGACAGAGCUAGCUUUGAAGCUUUUGACGGACGAUUCAUGGGAGUGCCGGCCCUCACCAAUCGUGGGAAGCGACAUCUACGACGGUGAGACGUACGAUCUCGGCCUCGAAGUUGACGACUGGCAUCACAACGACCACAGCGAAUGGACUCCUGCAGAGACGCUACCGUUCCCCAAGUCCACCCUCAUAGCAGCAUCUUGCCCACCAGUCCGAACCACGCAGACCGUCAAACCCAUCAAAGUCUUCAAAGACAUCAAUGGCAAGACACUUGUCGACUUUGGUCAGAAUUUCGUUGGCAAAAUCGUCAUCCCAAAGCUCGCAAAGCCAGACGGCCACCGCCUCACCAUCCGCCACGCAGAGGUCCUCGAAAAUGGCCAGCUCGGAACGCGACCCCUCCGUGCCGCAAGGGCGACCGAUACGACCAUCUUCGGUGGCAGUCGAGUCCUAGAGAAUUGGUCCCCUCAUUUCACCUACCACGGCUUCCGCUACGUCGAGCUGGACGGCUGGGACGAUGUGACCUUGGACUCACUCUCCGCGGUCGUCAUGCACACCGACAUGCGGCGAACAGGCUUCUUCUCCUGCUCCAACGACGACGUCAACGCGCUACACCGCAACGUCGUCUGGAGCAUGCGCGGGAACUUCAUCUCUAUCCCUACGGAUUGUCCGCAGCGCGACGAGCGACUAGGCUGGACGGGCGAUAUCCAGAUCUUUAGCCCGACGGCCUCAUUCCUGUACGAUUGUGUUGGUUUGCUGAGCAACUGGAUGCGAGACGUGCUUCUGGACCAGAAGGACGCCGGCGGUAUUGUCCCGCUCGUGGUGCCCAAUGUUAUGAAGGACGGGCCCUGGCCUUCUGUGCCGCAGGCUGUGUGGGAUGAUGUUAUUGUACUGCUGCCUUGGACUUUGUAUAAGUGGUUUGGUGACGCGGGCGUCUUGCAAGAGACGUAUCCUGGUAUGAGGGACUACCUCAAGUCCAUCAAACGUGGGGAUGACGGUCUAUGGGAUCCUUCGCUCUGGCAGUUGGGCGACUGGCUUGAUCCCAAUGCGCCGCCCGCCGAGCCAGGUCUAGCUAGGACGGAUGGCACCCUCGUUGCGGACGCGUAUCUAGUUCACGUCACAGGCAUCGUCUCCCAGAUUGCCAGCAUCAUCCAUCUUCCAUCAGAGGCUGAGGAACUCGCUAGUGAGCACAAACGCCUCAAGCAGCUCUUCCAGGACAAGUACAUUACCAAAGUGGGCUUCAUCGUCGCGGAUUCCCAGACGGCGCUGGCUCUGGCCCUACUCUUCGACUUACACAACAACACCGCCCAGCGCGAAGCCGCAGCCGCAAGACUCGCGCGGCUGGUGCAGUAUUCCAAGUUCAGAGUCUCCACUGGCUUCGCCGGCACGCCUGUAAUCUUGCAUGCAUUGUCAGAGACGGGAUACGUUCAGCACGCAUAUCGCAUGCUGCUAGAGACGGGAUGUCCCUCGUGGCUGUACCCUAUCCGCAUGGGCGCCACCACUGUCUGGGAGAGGUGGGAUAGCAUGCUGGAGGACGGAACGAUUAACCCAGGCGAGAUGACGAGUUUCAACCACUACGCACUCGGCAGCGUCGCGAACUGGAUGCAUGCCGGUAUUGGGGGGCUAUCGCCGCUUGAGGCCGGGUGGAAGAGGUUCCAGGUUCGGCCUCGGCCGGGAGGGGACCUGCGACACGCCAGCGUCGAGUACCUGAGCCCGCACGGCUUGGUCCGGAGUCAGUGGGAGAUUGAGGCGGAUGGGAGGUUUGUUUUGGAGCUGACGGUGCCGUUGAAUACGUCUGCUGUGGUUUCUUUGCCGGAUGGUGGGGAGGAGAGGACGGUCGGGUCUGGGAGUUAUGUGUUUGAGAGCCGUCUUGCUCCGGCAUUGAGGGAGGCGUGGCCACCCAAAGCUUUGUUAACGCAGUUUGGACUGUGA